CGCAUCUCUUGGGAGAAGGACAUUGAAAAGACAUCUCGCCAACACAGCUGGCAUCAACGACAUUUCGAGGACAGGCUGAAAUAGGCUAUAAGCCAGUCCGCUUGGCAACACAAUGACCAGCUUCCUUGCGUGGUUCUGGAAUGAGAGAUUCUGGCUGCCUCACAAUGUAACUUGGGCUGAUCUAAAGAACACAGACGAGGCUGUAUACCCCCAGUCGGAGGAUUUGUAUCUGGCUGGCCCUCUUGCUUUCUGCAUCAUCAUGGUCCGGCUUCUGUUCGAGAGGCUGAUCGUUAGGCCGUUGGUGUCUGGCCUGAGGAUUGAGGUGAAGGAGGCGCAGAAGGCUCCGCCCAAUGCCAUUCUGGACAAGGUUUACACCGCCAUCACCAAGCACCCAGACGAGAAGCGGCUAGAGGGCCUGUCCAAGCAGCUGGACUGGGACGUUCGGACCAUCCAGCGCUGGUUCUACCGGCGCCGAGACCAGGAGAGGCCCACCACGCUGGCCCGCUUCUGCGAGAGCAUGUGGAAGUUUGCUUUCUACAUUUACAUCUUCACCUACGGAGUGCGUUACCUGAAGAAGACACCAUGGCUGCACAACACCAGAGAGUGCUGGCAGAACUACCCUAAUCAGCCGCUGACAGUGGAGGUGCACUACUACUACCUGCUGGAGCUGUCGUUCUGUCUGUCGCUGCUCGUGCCCCAGCUUGCUGAUGUUAAGAGAAAGGACUUCCUGAUCACCUUGAUGCACCACGUGUUGUCCGUUUGCCUGAUCGUCCUCUCUUACGUCAGUAACAUGGUGCGUGCGGGAACCCUGGUCAUGUGCCUGCAUGACUCUGCUGAAGUGCUCUUGGAGGCAGCUAAAAUGGCCAAGUACGCUCGUUUCAAGCGCUUCUGCAACCUCCUCUUCCUCAUGUUUACCCUCAUCUUCAUCACAUCUCGGCUGGCUCUCUAUCCCGCCUGGGUGCUGAAGACGACGGUGUUUGAGAGCUGGUCUCUGCUGGGCAUCUUCCCCUCUUGGUGGCUCCUCAACGGCAUGCUGCUGCUCCUGCUGGCGCUGCACUGUCUCUGGGCCUACCUUAUCCUCAGGGUCACCUGCAGAGCACUGUCUGGACCACAGGGGAGAAAACUCAAUCCUUUGUGUGUGUCCUUAGAUAAUCACCAUGAGGUGGACUUCAGCUCUGACGAGGAGGAAAUCCCGCCACACCCGAAGAAGCCACCUCACACAUCCCACAGGUCACAGAGGAACGCCAACGGCAGUAAUGGGGCUCACAGGACAAAUGGCUACCUGUGACACACACAAACACACACACACACACACAUGCUACAGAGCAGCUUUAGGUACACAUGACAUGACUAAUGGAUACCUAUAGCGCGCGCACACACACACACACACACACACACACAGGCCGACACUACAGGGCAGUGAAAGACUAUUGGAUACCCGACACACACGCAGACACACACACAGAGAAUAUCAAAUUAUAAUCACUCACAUACAUAUAUGUACUCCAGAAUACCUGUAACUUUAUGCAAAAAUACACAAAAACACACUCCAGGUUGUACCGACACCUGGCUCAUACGACAAGUAUUUGCAGAGACUGUUUACGUGUGAUAGUGCAUACACAUAUUUUCACAGGCCAGUAUUUAUGUCUAUCUCUACAUGAGGAGAGGGUGUUCUGGCUCCGUAAUCAACACAAACAACAGCAAACCCAAAACCCUACAUUCAUUUCUCCUUUUAGCUUUCAGUGAAGUUCAAUGAAGUGUUUACUUUGUAUUUAUUUAUUUAUCCAGUUUCUUAUAUUCAUUCAUAUGAAUAUUUAUUCAUUCAUGACUUUGCCAAGAAUGAAAACAAAGUCUGUCAAAAGCACAUGUUUUUGAACAGAUUUGAGAGAAUAUUGGCACUCCUGUCCAUGCCAUUCAUUCUGUCAUUCUGGAUUUGAUAGCUCAUUGUUUCAUAUGUGAGGUAUGUCUAUAUCAAGAUGUCUGUCAUUACUCUCGCAACCAAAGCUGUCGACUAGCUAUGUGUGUGCACAUGAAUAUAUCUUUGUAUGUGCUUACAUAUGUAUCACUAAACAGCCAAACAAUCCAGAUAUCAGCCUUGAGGCAGUAGAUGCCUUGUGUGUCUGAUAGAACAUGUUUAUACAAUCAGCCAGCAGGGUUUACAGUAGCCUAUUCUAGGUAUCCAGCUCUCAGUACCAUAUCAUGGAGACAGUUUUGAAUAAAGUGCACCAGUACAGAA